AAUUUCAUAACAUACUCAAGUAUGAGCGAUCAGACCGCAAGCGAUGUUGUUAUUGCCGUACUGUACCGGCACUCCAGAAAUCAAAAGAGAGGAAAAAAGCCCUUGUUCGACUGUCCACACACCUUUUCCUUCCAAUCACCCCUAGCGCCUGGAUAUCAUACCCUACUUCCCUAGAUUCUCCCGCCUACUUCGAGCACUCGUACUCUACCGUGCCCACACCCUCCCCCCCCCAAAAAAAAAAAAAUUCUCUGCUGCAUUUUUGUACUUAAGUCCCCUGCCACCCGUUCAUUUGACCUCCUCGCCUUCUCCUCUCUUCUCCACACUCCAGUCACUUCUCACACUCGCUUCGUGAUUAUUCAAAUUCUGUUGAUUUUCACAUUAAUCUUCUAAUCACCACCACCACACUCCUUCAGUCUAUCUACCAAACAACAGUUUUUUCUUUCAACAAACACCUCAAUCAAAAUGAAGUUCUCUGCUAUCAUCCUCUCUCUUGGCUUCGCCGCUCUCGUUGCUGCUCAAGCUCGCAAUUCUACUGCUCAAUCUGCUCCCACUCCCACUCAGACCACCAGCUUUUCCCCUCAGAUUGCCGCGUGCCUCGGCGCGUGCAAAGAGGACGAUGUGACUUGCCGUGCUAAAUGUUUGGGUAGUGCUGCUCCCAACGAGGCUGCUGUCAAUGCCACCAACACUUGUAUUGACAAGUGUCCCAAGGGAGAUGGAAGCGAAGCGGCCAACGAUCAAUACUCCAAGUGUGUAACUGGCUGCAUCAACACAAUCUACCUUUCCACUGCCACUCCUGCCCCAACUGGAGGCAGCGGGUCUGGGUCUGGGUCUGGGUCUGGGUCUGGAUCAGGUGGAAAUUCUGCGAACCCUACAUCUGAUGGUGGCCCCAGUGGCACCUCCUCCGGUUCUAGCUCUACUUCCUCACCCAAUGCCGGCUCCUCGGUCAAGGUCGUUGGUUCUUUCCUCACCAUCUUCGGAAUAGCCGCUGGCGUCCUUGCUUUGUAAACAAACUGUCCCUAAUGUCGAUGCAUUCCUGUUAUCGAUGUCUUGAUCUCACCAUUGGACGAUAGAGAGGGUUCGUGUUGUGCGGUUAGGUUCGGGUUCUUUGGGCUGAAUAGGUGGAUUGAUGCGUCUCAGGUUGUACGUUACCUGUAUGCGCAUUGAGACAGUUGAAGAGAAAUACUGGUGAUGCUUUACUUUAUUAAUUACUUGGGUCGGUUUAAUGUGGUGUAUCUGUGGUUUCCUCCCGGUUCGUUGUAUGAUCUUUUUUUUUUGUCGAUAUUUGGGGUAUUUUUUGCAAUACGCUACCCCUGGUGUUUACUUUUCUUUUUUUUUUUCUCGAAUAAAAAAAAAAAAGGAUAUAAUACCCGCCA